UGUUUAAAAUGUUGUAUUUGUCCAUAGGCUUGGCCGCUGUCUCUUUAGUACAGAAUGCCUGUUGCCAGGAGUUGGGUAUGUCGGAAGACUUACGUCACCCCCAGGCGGCCUUUUGAAAAAUCACGCCUUGAUCAGGAGUUGAAACUUAUUGGUGAAUAUGGGCUGCGGAACAAGCGUGAGGUAUGGCGAGUCAAGUUCACUUUGGCCAAGAUCCGCAAAGCUGCCCGAGAGCUGCUGACCCUGGAUGAGAAAGAUCAGCGGCGCCUUUUUGAAGGCAAUGCUUUGCUGCGCCGUUUGGUCAGAAUUGGGGUGCUGGAUGAAGGCAAAAUGAAACUGGAUUACAUCCUGGGUCUGAAAAUUGAGGAUUUCCUGGAGCGUCGUCUCCAAACCCAGGUCUUUAAACUGGGCCUGGCUAAGUCCAUCCAUCAUGCUCGUGUACUUAUCCGCCAGAGACACAUCCGUGUAAGGAAGCAAGUGGUGAACAUCCCUUCCUUCAUUGUUCGGCUAGACUCCCAAAAGCACAUUGACUUCUCGCUCUGUUCACCUUAUGGUGGUGGCCGGCCAGGCCGUGUCAAGAGGAAGAACGCCAAGAAGGGCCAGGGCGGUGCUGGUGGUGGAGAUGAUGAAGAGGAAGAUUAAAGUGUAGCGUGUGGCUUUCCUGCCACAUAAACUGGUGGGCCAUUGAACCUACUAACUAGAAUCUACUAACAUCAUCCAAUAAAAAAGUAUUUGUGGAUAAAAUACU